AUGGCAAACACGAAAUUUCCAUCUACAGGAGCUGCUAACGCACACUACCAUCUUACGGCACCGUUGACGGGCCGCCGGAGACACUCGUCAGUGGGAAAAUUUGAAUUGGGAGACACGUCAGUGCGUGCACUCCACUCAAUUCCAUCAAGAAAGACGAUUGAUGAGCAGGCACACGAUCUCAACAAGAUGACAUCGAAUGAGGCGACAGACCGCGAUGUGCUGUCAAAGCUGUGGGUAUCGCUGCGGAUCCUGAGUGUGCGGCACACGUGGCUUCCGCCGCUUUUGAUUUUGGGUGCGUUGAGAUUGAUAUAUGUGCUCUCGAACAAUUAUACAGACAGUAACCCACUCUAUCCGUUUUUCAACCUCUCGUACGCGAUCCCGGGCACGGCACCCACGAUGUACGGCAAGGGCUGGAAGGACUUGGUGUUCGUGUCACACAUGAUGGUGUUCUUCACGUUUUUCCGGGAGUUUGUGAUGCAGGUGUUACUCAAACCCCUUGCGGAGUCGUUUGGGCUGAAAAAACGCGGCAAGAAGCAGAGAUUCAUGGAGCAGGCGUACUCGAUCGUGUACUACGGGAUCACGAGUCCGUUGGGGCUCUACAUCAUGUGGAAAACACCGAUGUGGUACUUCAACACGCGGCAAUUCUACCUCAACUACCCGCACAAGAGCCACUUCUGGCUCUUCAAGUUCUACUACCUCUUCCAGGCCGGUUUCUGGUCUCAGCAGUCGGUCGUGUUGAUGCUCCGCUUGGAGAAGCCCCGCAAGGACUUCAAGGAGUUGAUCUUCCACCACAUUGUGACGAUGCUUUUGAUCGGUUUGUCGUACCGCUUCCACUUCACCUGGAUGGGGCUUGCAGUCUACAUCACGAUGGAUGUUUCGGACUUCUUCUUGGCCUUCUCCAAGACCUUGAACUACCUCGACUCUCCUUUGGUCAUCCCCUUCUUCCUCAGCUUCAUCAUCGUCUGGUUCUACACCCGCCACUACUUGAACUUCAAGAUCUUGUGGUCUGUGCUCACCGAGUUCAAAACAGUGGGUCCCUAUGAGUUGAGCUUCCCAGAUCAGCAGUACAAGUGCUGGAUCUCCCAGCCAAUCGUCUUCACGCUCAUCUUUGCGCUCCAGCUCGUCAACAUUUACUGGUUCUUCCUGAUUUUGCGCAUCCUGUUUAGGUACAUCUUUUUCGAUGUCGUGAAGGACGACAGAUCCGAUGAUGAGUACACUGAGGAGGAUGAGGACAAGGAGGAUGCACGUGACGAGGCUGAGGUCAAGCUCUUCCAGAAGAAGGAUGAAUGA